AUGUUCCGACACGGGCAAAUGGUCCAUAAACGGGAGCCUCAGAACGCCGCUGCGGAAACCUCCCUACCUUCUUUCAUAACCAAUCCAAAUCCAACGACGUUUCCGCAGUCGAUAGCUCCGACUUCUGUCACCCCAAACCCAUCCGCCACCGCGUCGAUCGUGACGGCUCAGGCGGUGUCUGGGUUCACCACCGUUACCGAAACACAGACACUACAACAGAGCCUCACCGGACAAGGAAUUGAAACUACCUUUACUACCGAAAGAACCAGGACCAUUACCGACCCGGCCGAAUAUGCUUCCCUCACUUCAGCAGCUGCGGCUGCAUCCUCCACCUCCACAACUCUCCGGACCACCACAAAGACAUCGGCCGCUGCCACAAGCAGUGCUGCAGCCCGACAGUCCAAUUCGAAUCUCAGCACCCUUAUCCCAGCAAUCGUGGUCCCAGUUGCUGUUGUAUUGUUGGCAUCGCUGGGUCUGUUUUGGUUCUUUAUGAAAAGGAGGCAUAACAGAGAUUUACAGAUUGAACCCGAGUUUGUGAUGACGGGCAAAGGCGAAAAACUGAGCAGCCGCUCGAGCAGCAGGUCAACCUCAUCUAUUCCAGGAGGGGUGGAGAAAAAGUCGCCCGCCGUCACUCAAACCGAACUCAUGUCUGCCAAAUCGCCACCAACUCCGAUGUCUGAGUGGCCAUCAGCGCAGAUUGGCGUUGCCCGCCCACUCACGCCUCAAGACUCGAAAUCUGCUGGACAGGAUCGACCUUCGGAUCAACCGAGAUCUCUGACUGCAAACUCUCCAUACAGAAAUAUGCGUAGUCCAAGCACGGCAGUGAGACCUUCAACAUCUGGACGAGGAGCACAGCCGUCCCCAAGCUGGGAACAGGGAUCAAAUAGGAACAGAAGCAACAGCACGCCAGGCCAGAGAGGUCAACCCCCAGCAUCACGGCCAGGCCCUAGUCCAAUACCUAGGACAGCUCCGAGCCCGGUCUUGCGAAGCGGACCAAGUCCCGCAGCUCAACGGCUAAACCCCACGGACUCUCCAAGGCAGGUUGCAUCAUCCUCAGUUUUCCGCUUGCGUGACCCUUCUCCCAACAUGAACCUCAGCAACCGAGCACAGGCACCCUCACGGCUUGAGGCCCCUCCGCCGGGUGCUUUCAACGGCGCUUCAUCCAUAUCACAAUACUCCCCGAUCGUGAAAGAUACGCCAGGCAUUUCAAAGGGACCCACAAGCAAAAGAGCACCGCCACCUAUCAACACUGCAAAUCUUGGAGUAGAAGGACUCAAGUCACCCACUUCUGGCAGUCCUCCUGGUCUCGGUUUAACAGAAGAAAACCUCCGUAUUGCUCGAUUGGCGAACUCUUCUCGCCUGGGUUAUACUCCUGGAGAGCCCACCCCGUCACCCAAACUACCCCCACCAGCCACCCGCUCGCAGCUGAUUCCUCGAGAGAGUCCGAAGGAGCAUCAAGAUCGUUUCUUCGGGGGGAGUGCGGGCAACCCAACAAUGAUACACCCCCAAAGAGCAUCAAUUCAUUACAAGGCGGCCCGAGCCAGCAUUGUGUCGGAUGCUGACGAUUACGAAGAUAUCGAGGCCAAAUCGGACGUCAGCAGUCUCAAUGAGUUUGAACGCUUUGACUUCGGCACCGACAUAAACGGUGGCAGGGGUAGUGCCGGCGGAGGCUCCUUGACCUUCUUUGCGGCACAGAAUAGUCCCGCCAGUGACAGAGGGAGCGCCUUUGGAACAGCUGGGACUCAUGAGCGAUGGUGA